AUGUGGCAGCUCAACAAAACUGCGCAUAAUGCAAAUCUGGACAUAAACGAUUUAUGGCCGAACACAUCGAGUGGUAUUUCGGAUCAAAGGAAACGAAUAUCACAAAUCCUCAAACGACAAUAUGGUCAAGCACAGAACCUGUCGUACAUCAACAAAGUGGCAAACCAGAUCACUAGUAUUGGUUCCACUCAACUCAACCACAUCAAUUCGAUCAACUCAACCAACUACUCAAUUUUGUGA